GGAGUCCUGUUCACCCUGCUGGGAUUUAUUUUCCUGAUAACUAUACCGACGUUCUAUACAUUACUCCUUACAUAAAAAUCUGAUGUACAGUAUGUAGACUGUAUGAUGACGAAAAUGCUAUCAUUACUAUUAUGCUAUACUUCUUUGUAUGUGGCUAUGCAUUGCGAGAUGUCAAUAUCUUUCUCUGACAUUGUCAGAUAGUUGAUAAUGAGAUAACAAGCAAAAAGAUAUUGCCAAUGGUAGUCUUUGAUCGGGACAGUCCAUGAUCACUUCAGGCUUUAGAUAUGAACUGGAAUCUGAAAUAUGAGACUCUGGAACAACGAGUUCUUUUUUUUUUUUCAGCUGACAUAAAAUACCAGUGAGCGCCACAUCUCUUGGUCUUUGGAAUUUCUAUACAACCUCGGAACCUUGACACUCACAGACACAUCUGGACCCCACGAUGAAUGCAGCCCUGAAGGAAGUGAUGAGGGACACACUGUCCACACUCGCAGAUGACUGCUUUGACCAGUUUAAGCACCGACUACGUGACCAUGGUCAAGUCAAAUGGGGAAAGCUGCACAAGGCCACCAGAGACGAAACUGUAGAUUUGAUGGUGGAGGCGUACAGCAGCAGCAAGUGUGGGGGCAUCAUGGCGGCCAUGUUGGAGAAGAUAGACCAAAAAGAGCUGGCCACGAAGCUGAAGGAGGAUCUGGCAAAUUUGGGAGGUCAGUCAUCUAACCCGUUGCAGUCCGGAGGAGGAGGUGGGGUCAACGUAAAUGUGUCAGCUCAUUCUGGAGGGAUGGUGAACGCCCCGUCCAUGAGCGGCUGCACCGUCAACGGCCCUCUUAAUUUCUACGGAGGAGUGCCCAACGCACAGCAAGGAGGGGAUGAGGGACAAAAGGGGAGAGAGAAAAAUCAAGAGGAGAAAAACAAAGGGAAAGGUGUUCCAGGGCCCGGCCAGGAUCAGGGGCAGACCAAUUUGAACUUCUUCAACAAGCACAAGGCAACACUGGAGAAGCGAAUGCCCAUACUCAGUAAUGUCCUCAACCAGCUGGAGGCAGGCAACGUUCUGGACGCAGAGGAGCGGGAGACGGUGGAGGCCGAACAAAUUUCUGUCAAACGGAACCGUGCUCUGAUCGUCAUGCUCGAUCGGAAGGGAGAAAAGGCUCAAGAGAAGUUUUAUCAGAUUCUGAAGAAAACCGAUCCCCACCUCGUGGAAGAUCUUGAAUCUUGAUCUUGAGUGGCUCAGAAUAGCAGGAAGAUGUAUACAUUUGUUUAAUUUUUUUGCCAAAUGUAUUUUCAUGAAUCUUUUUUUAUCCAAAUGAAUUUGAUUGGCUUCAACAGAUUUGUGUGUGAACACCUCGCAGCAUUUUUAACUCUUUGAUUUGGUGUCAUCAAAUAAAUGUUGCCAAUAUAAA